AUGACCAACCCCGCCGAACCACACCAGCCGGUGCACCGAUACUUCAUCGGCUCCUACAUCCCCUGGCAAGCACGCCCGCGCCACCUCUCCCCGCCCCGCCACACAACACAUAUCGCGCCGUACCAGCUGCCGCGGCCGCGGGGUUACAGGGUCGUGCCGGUGGUGAGGCCGCAUGACCUUGAUGCCGAGACGCGGUGGAGGACGCAGUAUAAUGCGAGACGCUCGGGGUCUGAGGUAGAGGUGGAGGUGGAUGGGGGUGGGGAUGAGGGAACGGUGGAGGAGGAGGGUCCGAGUCCGGGGGGCCGGGGGAAGGAGGUGAGGUUUGAGGAGAUGAUUAUUAUAAUAAAUUAUGUGCAGGAGGAGAAUGAGAGUGAUAGUAGUGAGAGUGAGAGUGAGAGUCAUAGUGGGGAUAGUAUGAAUACUGAGGAUACUGAGGAUACUGAGGAUACUGAGGAUACUGAGGAUACUGAGGAUACUGAGGAUACUGAGGAUACUGAGGAUACUGAGGAUACUGAGGAUACUGAGGAUAGUGUGGAUACUGAGGGUACUGAGGAUAGUGACGUUACUAUUUGUGGAAGUGAAGAACUGGGGGUGGUGGGAGCGGGAGAGACGGAAGAUGAUGAAGAGACACUUUUUGAAUUGGAGUUGUAA